UAUAAUAUAACCGUCACCAAUUCCUUAACAUGGGAUGCCGAGGAAUAGGUCGGGACGGUUGGACUAACAUGCCAAUAAUCGUGGACAAAAGGUGAAAGACACGAAAGAAGAUGGGGAAUUGGACGAGCGAAAAACCGACUAAGACUAAAAUAUUCCCGCGUUUCGUAGUAAAGCGGGAAUAGUUUGUCUUGUUCGACACGUACUUCAUAAUGUAGCUAGUGUAGCACGUGCUGUGUGCUAUUGCGUUUCGCAGUAAAUGCGAGUUGGGGUCAUUUCUAGCCGUCGUUCCGUACUGAGCGGUCAUACCAUUUUUAAUUAAGCAUCAUGGAUCCCGAAGUCGAACUCUGUAUUUCCAAACAAGUGAACUCGGCGAUAGAAUCGUCCCAGAACAAGAUUCUCUCUCAGUUGGAUCAGUUAAUGUCAGCUAGGCUCGGUUCUUUGGAAAAUAGGCUUUGUGACAGUUCUGAAGCCCAAUUAUGCAGAUUUCAACAAAACAUUUUGUGCGCCGAGUCCCACAAAUUUACUAAGAAAAGUUGUGAGGAUCAACAUAAGUUCAAUGAAAAAGUGAAAUCCAAGUUAGUGGAGGCAAACCAGUUGGCCGAUACAGAACCCUCGUCGUCAAAAGCCAAAAUAGCUGAGGGUAUUGACUUAAUAAAUUAUCGCCAAAAACUCGUAAAGCUGGCAGACACGUCCGAAGCCGGUUGGAAGGCAGUUGAGGAAUAUGUUGCCAACCCAAUUGCCUCUGACUCGGAUGACGAGAAAAAGAUAGACAGGGCCAGGGCCAGGGCAAAUAAAAAACUGAAAGCUAACAAGUCAAAAACCGGACGUGGAAGGAGCAGAUACACACCAUAUGACGACACGAGGAACGUGCAUAUGUCUACCAUUGGUCAGGAUAAUCACAAAGGCGUGUCGCCGAGGUCACAGAGGCCAGGGAUGUGUUUUGCAUGUGGCAAACCUGGACAUUGGCGGAUGGAGUGUCCCGCUAUCCUCAAGGCAUCGUCAUCAGCGGGUGUCAGCAAGAUAAGUAUUUUUUGCAAUUCUGUGCAUGUUUGUAUUGAGUCUGUAUGCUCUAAUGAAUCGGGGUCUCAUACACAAGGUGAGUCCAGUGUAACCGAGAAUAUGAUUCACAAUGUUUCAGCUAACAAUGAUAUUUCAAAAGAGGCGAUUUGUUCGCCCGUUGGCAGACUGAGAACUAAGUUCAAUCAUUGGGAAAAACAAGGCACUUGUAAUGCAGUUUUGGCUAUUAUACGCGAGGGUUAUAGAAUCCCAUUCCGAGAUGUUCCACCUUUUGCUAUUUUGAAUAACAAUAAGUCGGCAAGGGAAAAUCCCGAGUUCGUCCAAUCAGAAAUUCAAAAGCUGUUACGUUUGAAAUGUAUAUCUGAAGUCGCAUCGGCCCCAGAUGUAGUCAAUCCACUCACUGUAGCGUAUAACAAGGCUGACAAACCACGCCUAGUUUUAGAUUGUAGGCACAUCAAUUUGUUUUUGCAUAAAUUUAAAUUUAAAUAUGAAGACGUAAAAGUAGCUCGAGACAUGAUGGAAGUUGGCGAUUUCAUGUAUACCUUUGACCUUAAAUCAGCAUAUCACCAUAUAGAAAUUUUCCCUGAGCACCGUACAUAUUUGGGUUUUUCAUAUGUAGUUAAUGGUAAAAUGAGUUAUUACGUGUUCAACAUUCUACCUUUUGGUAUCGCUACGGCAGGAUACGUGUUUACAAAGGUGCUGAGGGAGGUCGUAAAGCACGUGCGUUCAAAAGGUUACAAACUAGUCAUGUAUUUAGAUGACGGUAUUGGAGGUCAGGCGACAGAAGGCGGGGCCAGUGAGGCAAGCAGGUAUGUACAGCAGUCAUUGGCUGAUUAUGGUUUCAUCAUUGCUCAAGACAAAUGUGAAUGGCAGCCGACACAGUUCGUCACGUGGCUAGGGUACACGUGGUCGAUGAGCGAAGGCGUGGUCAGGGUAACCAAUGGCAGGGUAGAACGCUUGCUGCUUUUGUUAGACCACACGAUGACACGUGUCACUCAAAGAGGUCAACUAUUGUUCAGUGCCAGGUAUGUAGCGGGUAUCAUAGGAAGGAUUAUUUCAAUGCAGACUGUGAUUGGCUGUCGGGCUAGACUGAGCACACGUGAGUUGUACACCUGUUUACUAUCCAGAGUGAGCUGGAAUGCGUGUGUAAUGUUGACAAAUGCAGCUCUAGACGAGAUAGAGUUCUGGUUAUUGAAUCUACGUCAGUUGAAUGACAAAGGCUCCAAACUGAAGGAGACUCGUACCUGCACCGCUGUAGUGUGCACUGAUGCUUCAGGCAUCGGGUUUGGAGGGUAUGCCUCCUCAUGUAUUGGUAUCCCUUUCGAUGAUUGGGACCUUACAGAUAACACACCUGUCAUUGUUGCCUUGGAGGACAAUGGGUUUUUGUCCCCAUGUGAGGGAAACCCUGUGAUGCGUAAUUGCGUAUCUAACGUAGGUCUGUCUACGGUAGCAAGUAUGGUUGCUGAUGAGGUUUCAGGCUUAGGACUUCGUCAAGUGGUCCAGAAUGCUGUCCGAGGUUCCGGAGUGAAGGAAGGGUCGUUUCUGGACAGACUAUCCUCCGGGAUGGCUGAGCGAAUUUUGUUAAGCAAAAGUGAAAACACUAACUGUAAAUAUUACGGCGCUUUCAAAAGAUGGGAGACUUUUAUAUCUUCUCAUGGAUUUCCCGCCCUACCUGCCAGUCCUGUACAUGUUGCUCUGUACAUGAACAAUCUGUUAGAUAAAGGAUCGACUUAUUCUGUGUUGAGUACGGCCAUGUAUGCUAUCAAAUGGGCACACAAUGUCAGUGGACAUACCGAUCCUACUACGGACACUUUCGUCAUCAGUCUAGUGGAGGCAUCAAAGCGCGUCGCCAAAAAGCCGGUGUGUAAGAAGGCCCCGGUCACUACUGACAUUUUAAUUACAUUGUGCUCCAUGUUUUCUCAGACAGAGGACUUGUUAAUAGUUAGAGAUUUGACAAUGAUGCUGAUUUGUUUUUCAGGUUUUUUGCGUUUUAGCGAACUUAGUGGUCUGCGUUGUUCAGAUGUUAAGAUGUUUCAGGAUUAUUUCUAUCUUGUUAUAAGAAAAAGUAAGACAGAUCAGUACCACCAAGGCAAUAAAGUUUUUAUAAGUAAGGGCAGUACAUCAGCCUGUCCCCACACCAUGUUAAAAAGAUAUAUAGAACGAGCGGGGAUUGAUCUAAAGUCCGACGAAUAUUUGUUUAAGCAGGUAUACAGAUCUGGGUCCAUUUGUAAGCUUAUUCACAAAAAUAAGCCCAUCAGUUAUACAGGAGCGAGAGAAGCUAUUAUCAAGAGAUUAAAAUUAGUUUCAGACGGGAAAGAGUUCGGUUUACAUUCACUACGGGCAGGGGGUGCUACUGUUGCAGCAAAUAACGAUGUGAAUGAACGGUGUUUCAAAAGGCAUGGUCGCUGGAAGAGCGAAUCAAGCAAAGAUGGCUAUGUAGCCGAUUCUUUAUCAAAAAUGUUACAAGUAACUCAGAACUUAGGUUUGUAAUUUUGUAUCAAUAUCAGUGCAACACCCUUUCUUUGUAAUUCUAUUUAAACGGCGGGCUAGACGGCAAAUGGAUAUUUGCGUUUUUGUUGUAUGUUGGAAGGCACAUUUUAGUGUAGAGAAGACUAAAAUAUUCCCGCGUUUCGUAGUAAAGCGGGAAUAGUUUGUCUUGUUCGACACGUACUACAUAAUGUAGCUAGUGUAGCACGUGCUGUGUGCUAUUGCGUUUCGCAGUAAAUGCGAGUUGGGGUCAUUUCUAGCCGUCGUUCCGUACUGAGCGGUCAUACCAUUUUGUUUGGCUGUAUUGUAGGUUCAUAACGGUCAGUGUCUGUGUGUCUGUAUUGUAAGGAGGAUCUAACAUAGGUUCGUUAUGGCCAGUGUCCGUAUUGUAAGGAGGAUCUAACAUAGGUUCGUUAUGGCCAGUGUCUGUAUUGUAAGGAGGAUCUAACAUAGGUUCGUUAUGGCCAGUGUCUGUAUUGUACAGUAGGAUCUAACAUAGGUUCGUUAUGGCCAGUGUCCGUAUUGUAAGGAGGAUCUAACAUAGGUUCGUUAUGGCCAGUGUCUGUAUUGUACAGGAGGAUCUAACAUAGGUUCGUUAUGGCCAGUGUCUGUAUUGUAAGGAGGAUCUAACAUAGGUUCGUUAUGGUCAGUGUCCGUAUUGUACAGGAGGAUCUAACAUAGGUUCGUUAUGGCCAGUGUCUGUAUUGUACAGGAGGAUCUAACAUAGGUUCGUUAUGGUCAGUGUCUGUAUUGUACAGGAGUAUCUAACAUAGGUUCGUUAUGGCCAGUGUCCGUAUUGUAAGGAGGAUCUAACAUAGGUUCGUUAUGGCCAGUGUCCGUAUUGUACAGGAGGAUCUAACAUAGGUUCGUUAUGGCCAGUGUCUGUAUUGUACAGGAGGAUCUAACAUAGGUUCGUUAUGGCCAGUGUCUGUAUUGUAAGGAGGAUCUAACAUAGGUUCGUUAUGGCCAGUGUCCGUAUUGUAAGGAGGAUCUAACAUAGGUUCGUUAUGGCCAGUGUCUGUAUUGUACAGGAGGAUCUAACAUAGGUUCCAAUGUUACCCCUGAGGAUAACUUGCAGUGGGAAGUAGUUAGUCUGAACUCUCCCUUGCCAUUGGACGCAGGUUUCCGGAAAUUUAUCCGGUUUUUCCUGAGUGAGCAGGUUGAUCUCGGUGAAGGGGAUUUGUUUUUUACUCCUGAAAAAUGUAAACGUAUUAUAAUAGUGGCAAUUUUUGUCCUUAUAUCACUUGUAUAAUCACUGAUGAUUUUUCAUGUCUGACAUUAAACGCCGACCGCUAUUUAAACGGCGGGCUAGACGGCAAAUGGA